AUGCUACCCCUGAUUUUCUGGUCCGCGCUUUGCCUUACCAUGCCUGCGGUGGCAGGCAGGUGCAAAAACACCCCUCUUGAUGUGACAUGGCCCUCUGAGACGGACUGGUCCAUCUUCGAGUCCCACAUCUCAUGCAAUACACCGGACUUUAUCGACUACCCUAUCUACGCGAACAAAUCUUGUCUACCGCCAAACGUGACAGGUUAUGUACACGAUGGGGGCUGUACAACCGGGGGACUGCCGGCAUACAUUGUCAACGCCACGACGGAGAUUCGGAUUGCGACAGCAAUGAGGUGGGCUGCUGACCGCAACAUUCAACCAAGAUACCACGGAGGAUUGGUCACCACCGGCCAAGACCCCAGCGUCGGACUUGGUGACUACAUUCAAGGAGGUGGACACGAUCCAUUGUCACGGGCUUACGGUCUCGCUGCUAGACACGUACUGCAGAUGCGCGUCGUCACCACCCAGGGAGAGAUACUCGUAGCCAACGAUGCGCAACACCAGGAUCUGUUCUGGGCGCUGCGCGGUGGCGGGCCGGGUCUGUAUGGUGUGGUCACAGACUAUGUGCUGCGACAUCAUCCGGCUCCGAGCAACGUGACUAUGGGGAACCUUUUAAUUGCCCCAGAAGUCGACCGGAACAAUAUCAGCGCGGAGAAAUCUUGGGAAGCAGCCGUGUCGUACCUCCAGGCGCUUCCGGACCUGGUGGACGCCGGUCAAGCAGGGGCAUGUAUGAUGUCAACUGGCGAGGCAGCGGUGCGGUUUACCUCCCUCUCUAAAGCUACCACCGGCGUGGUCAUCUCGCAAGUCUUCUGGUCUUUCAACUCUACCUCAUCCGCCAUAGAAGCCUUGGUCCCUCCGGUCCUCACUCGAAUUGGACGUGAAUCGACACCAAACAGUGGCAGUAGUGCAGUGACUAUCACUUUCAGCACUUCCAACCUUGCAAAGCACACCUCCUUUAUCCCCGCCAUCUCUGGUAGCAACGCAGCCGGCAGCCAGAGCGUUAUAUCGAGUCACCUUCUCGGCCGUCGCGAGUUCCUCGACACGGCGCGCACAGACAUGACCAGCUAUCUCAAAACCGCGCUUCAAGUGCAGAACGCGACCGCGGGAACCUUCGCGACUAUCGGCUUACAAGGCGGGCCGGGAAUGCAACAGACCCCUCCAGGGGACUGGGGUGCUCUGUUACCGGCAUGGCGCACGGCUUACCUGCAUUUCAUCGCCAACGGGGCGACAGUCGACUCCGUCACUGCGGGCUCUCCGAAGCGGGCGCUGCAAGACGCCGCUCGAUGGUACGAGGCCAAGGAGCACAUGUGGCAGCUGUGGGCGCCGGAGGCGGGGGCGUAUAUGAACGAGGCUAAUCCAUUUGAUCCUGAGUUCAAGCGUGACAUCUCCGGGGCCAACUAUGACCGGUUGGUGCAGGUCAAGGCCAAGUACGAUCUGACUGAGAGCUUGUUUGUUCUGGCUGGUGUGGGAAGCGAUCGGUGGGAUUAUGAUCUAGAUAGUGGUCGACUCUGCAGGGUGAAUUAA